UUUAACAAAAAUAAUACCUCAGUAUCCGGGCAAGUCGGUGACAGGUGGUCGACAUCACAUUUUGGGGCAAAAUCCAAUAUUUAAACGUCUGAAGUAAAUGGAUGCUGCACAGGUGCCUGCAACGAGUGCAACGUCGGUUUGGGAUUUUGGCGGCACGUGGUCGUCGAAAUUGGCAGGCGUCCGGUUCGUCGUAGACGCGCGCAGCACGGUGGGCAUAGACAAUAGCAUACCCGUCAGGAUAUUAGACAUGUCGGUUGGCGCGAAAUCAAACGGUUUCCUCAGUAAGGAUUGGAUGGCCAAGGCCACCGCACAGUAUGGACAUCUUGGACCGGUUUCGUUGUCUGCUAUAAACAGGGCGGAUAAGAACGUCGCCGUGUUUAUCGGAUUUGUAAACUCUCAAAACAAUAAAGACUUUGUUACUGGUAUGUGGUCUAUGGGAAGAAACUGUAGAAAUAAUUUGGACACUCAUCAGUUAGUGUUUAACAUACCGGAUGUUCUGUAUAAAGAUAGCAAUGAACAAGAUUUCCAGACUAUAGUGACCUUGGUAUUCAGUCACGUCAGUUGACGUUGUUCUUCUCCAAAAUCUACAAAACUAUACCUAAUAAAAUUCGUUCAAUUAAUAUUUAGGUGAACUGUUAAUCGUGGACUUUCC